AAGGGGUUUGGGAAGUCAUCAGUCACAUCACCAAUUUUCUCCAAGUAACUUCACACAAGUGAUCCAAACACCCAGCACCAUGAAAUUCAUCGUUGCCUUCGCUGCUCUGAUUGCUCUGGCUCUGGCCGCCCCAGUUGACGAGAAGGACGCCCAGGUCCUGAAGUACGACAGCGAUGUUGCCGCCGAUGGAUACAGCUUCCAGUACGAUACCAGCAACGGAAUCCAGCACCAGGAGAAGGCUGAGCUGAAGAACUUCGGAGAUGAUGUUGUGGCUCUGGUUGUCCGUGGAAGCUACUCGUACACCGCCGCCGACGGACAGGUCUACACCGUGAACUACGUCGCCGAUGAGAACGGAUUCCAGCCAGAAGCCGCCCAUCUGCCCAAAGCCUAAGUCCAAGGUGGAUUCGAUCAUUCCUUCGUCGCACACCCAUAUCUCUGUAUUCAUUGUGUAAAUUAGUGUAGAUAGUACAACCGAUCCUCACGUUAAAAUGUACAAAUUGUUUCGAAGACCGUUUGAAUAAAUUGUCACCGUACCCACAUUGUCAAAAA